UUGUAAAUGUUAAUUAGUGCUGAGUUUGUCUUAUCCUCAUCCCCCCCAACAUGACCAAUACACAGUUGUGGUUCCGAGGGGUACGCAGUUCGAAGUUCCGUCAUGUGUUCGGCUCGCCCGCCAAGAGAGAGCGAUGUUACGAUAAUGUCAAGAUUACCAAGAACGCACAUGACUCGCACUUCUGUGCGGUCAACCCCAAGUUUGUCGCUAUCGUCACCGAGGUCGCAGGAGGUGGUGCUUUUCUGGUCCUUCCCAUCAACCAGACUGGAAGGUUGGACUUCAAUACCUCUCGAGUGACUGGACAUAAAGGUCCUGUGCUGGACAUCAAGUGGAACCCAUUCAACGAUAACAUCAUAGCAUCGUGCAGUGACGACUGCACAGUCAAGCUGUGGUACAUCCCUGAUGGAGGCCUGGCCAGUCACCUGACGGAGUGGCUCAUAGAUCUCCAUGGCCAUAAGAGGAGGGUGGGCUAUAUAGAGUGGCAUCCCACAGCAGAGAAUGUGCUUAUCAGCGCUGGCUUUGACCAUUUACUGAUAGUAUGGGACGUGGGGAAAGGAGAAGCACUGAACGUGAUUGACUGCCACCCCGAUGUAAUUUACUCCAUGAGUUUCAACAGAGAUGGCAGCCGCUUGGCCACAACUUGCAAGGACAAGAAGCUGAGAAUCAUUGACCCCCGCACAGGUUUUGUCAUCAGUGUGAGUAGACCUUAUUUGUAGAUAGUAAGUAGACUGACCUUACUUUUUGUGUA